AUGGGUCAUAAGCGGAAUCGCGACCCGAAGAACUCGGGACUUCAGUCUAAAAAGCGAAAAGGCAAUGCCGGUGCUGUCAAAGCCGUCGAGGAAGAUGACGGCUGGGAUGGCGUUGUUGGAAUAGACGACCUCAACUGGACCGAAGUCGCUCUCCCUGACCGGCUCGAGGAUGCGACCGGAUUCUUUGGCUUGGAGGAGAUUGAUGGAGUAGAUAUCAUCAAACCGGAGGGGAACGGAAACGUCCGAUUCAAGGCCGUCGCAGGGAAGCCAAAGAAAUCGAUCCUGAAGAACAAGACACCAGAGGAGACCAAGGAAUAUGAUGAUGAGUGGUCUGGCUUCAGUGACGGCGAAACCGCGGCGCAGCAAGAACCUUCCGCGGAGGAGACCGAAGAAAAGAAGACGGAGCCCGAGGAAUCCGACAAGAAGGUGAAGGCGAAGGAAAAGAAAGACGCCAAAAAGAAGGAGAAGAACGCUGCGAAGAAAGAGCAAAAACAGAAGGCUACGAAUGUGCAGGACAAGGAUAUCAAAUCAGGAUUGUCUUUCACGGCCCUGCAGGAUGAGGAAGAGGACGACGGCGUUGAUGUCUCUGCAUGGGAGUCGCUGGGCUUAUCUCCAGAAACUCUGGCCGGUAUUUCGAAGAUGAAAUUCACCACGCCGACAUCAGUCCAAACGACCUGUAUACCGCCGAUCUUGGAAGGCCACGACGUUGUCGGAAAGGCGUCAACGGGUUCCGGAAAGACACUGGCUUUUGGCAUUCCCAUUCUAGAGCAUUAUCUGGAACAGAAGAAGAAGGAUACCGAGACGGCAUCCGAGAAAAAGGAAUCGUCCCCCAUUGCGCUCGUGUUGUCUCCCACCCGAGAACUGGCGCAUCAGUUAGUGAAGCACAUUGGGGAGCUGAUUUCUCACGCCCCAGGUGUCAACGCGAGGAUUGCGCUGUUGACCGGUGGGCUGUCAGUUCAGAAGCAACAGAGACAGUUAGCUGGAGCGGACAUUGUCGUUGGCACUCCGGGGCGAGUGUGGGAGGUGCUGAGCUCAGGACAGGGUCUGAUCCGUAAAAUGCAGGGUAUCAAGUUCCUGGUUAUCGAUGAGGCCGAUAGACUUUUGAGCGAAGGUCACUUCAAAGAGGCACACGAAAUUCUAGGAGCUUUGGAUCGUGUGGAGGAUGGCAACGUGUCUGACGAGGAAGACGAUGAAUCCCAUGAGGCCGACCCCAGGUCGCAAAGGCAGACCCUAGUCUUCUCUGCUACCUUCCAUCGUGAUCUCCAGCAGAAGCUGGCAGGCAAGGGACGAUGGACUGGUGGAGACCUGAUGAACAAACAAGAAUCCAUGGAAUACCUUUUGCAGAAGCUGAACUUCAGAGAGGAGAAGCCCAAAUUCCUCGAUGUGAAUCCGAUCUCGCAAAUGGCAGAAGGACUGAAAGAAGGAAUUGUCGAAUGCGGUGCCAUGGAAAAGGAUCUCUUCCUCUACACACUUCUUCUCUACCAUCCCAAGCACCGCACUUUGGUCUUCACAAACUCCAUCUCGGCAGUCCGUCGCCUAACUCAGCUGCUCCAAGCACUUCAGCUUCCCGCCCUUGCCCUACACUCGUCUAUGGCACAAAAGGCCCGUCUCCGGUCGGUUGAACGGUUCUCCUCGCCGACUGCUGACCCGAGUACCAUCCUUGUCGCCACCGACGUUGCAGCACGUGGUCUCGACAUCAAGGGUAUCGACUUUGUUGUUCAUUAUCAUGUUCCUCGCGCCGCCGAUACGUAUGUCCAUCGAUCAGGUCGUACCGCUCGUGCCGGAGCUUCAGGAAAGAGCGUGAUUAUCUGUGCUCCGGAGGAAAUGGUCGGCGUCGUGCGUCUUGCCGCCAAGGUGCACGCCAGUAUGGCCAACGGAAAGCGACUUCCCUUGGAGUCCCUCGAGCUUGACCGCCGCGUCGUCUCCCGCGUGAAGCAGCGAGUGACGCUCGCCAGUCGCAUUAUCGAUGCAAACAUCGCCAAGGAGAAGGUUUCGGCCGAGGAUAACUGGCUGAGAAAUGCCGCCGAGGACCUUGGUGUCGAGUACGACAGUGAGGAAUUCGAGAACGCAGAAGGACGUGGACGAGGACGUGGUCGUGGUCGCCAGGAGCGAGAGCGGAAAGUCGGCGCUACAAGUAAAGCCGAACUCGCGGGAAUGCGCGCCGAGUUGAAACAACUGCUCUCCCAGCGAGUUAACGUGGGCGUAAGCGAGCGAUACCUGACGGCUGGACGAGUUGAUAUCGAGGCGUUGCUGCGCGGCGAAGGAAACAACUCAUUCCUGGGCCAGGUCGAUCCGUUGGAUUUCUAA